AUGGUCCCCAGCAACACCACGGAUCUUUAUACCAGUGAUGAGUGGGAAUGCAGAGACAAUCCGGCUGUGUUUGCAUUCUUGAUGGCUCUACAGGUUCUAACUGCCAUUCUGGGAUUGCCAGCCAAUGUGACAGUGCUGUGGAUUUUACUGAGGAAAAAAACUGCCAUCUCCUCUUCUGAGGUGUUCGUACUGAACCUGGCAGUCAUUGAUGCUUUGUUUUGCCUCAAUGCACCCCUUGAUAUAUAUAAAUUUUACUGUCCUGGUAAUAGCAUUGUUAACGUGGUAGACUAUGUUGUCAAUUAUUGUAAUGUGUUCGGCUGUCCUCUGUUCCUUUGCUGUAUCUGUGUGGAGCGUUACGUGGCCGUGGUGCAUCCAGUCACCUACCUGGGGUUCAAAUCGCUCACCUAUAGAGUGGUGUGCUCUGCUGUGGCUUGGGCCAUUACUUUGGCAUUCUCCAUCUACUUAACUAUAACAGAAAAAGACAUUUUAUAUGUACACUCAGGUUUCAUCUCUGCCUUGUUUAUUGUCAUGAUUUUCUGUAACCUCUCCAUCCUGAGGGUCCUGAGGAGGUCUGCCCCAGGGAGAGACGAGAUCCACCCCAUGAUGAAGAAAGCCUUCCACAUGGUUUUUACCAUUUUAAUGCUUGUGCUAGUUUCCUAUUCCCCAAUCGUAGCCAUAUUCCCAUUUAAAGCAUAUUUCAAUGAGACUACAUUUCUAUGUUAUAUCAUGCCAGCAUGCUAUUGCUUUUUUAUCCCCAAGAGCUUCAUACAGCCUUUGCUGUACCUGUCUAAUGUGGAUACAUUGUCUUGUGUGCAGUUUGCAUGCAAUGGAGGGUGCUGUGUAGCACUGAGCCCCACUGCAUGA